CAAUUAUUCUGUCAAUGAAAAGUCUCAGAUCUGAAGAACCUCUAAGUACAACUUCUAAAAACAAAGGAUUUGUUUUCGAUAUUGGGAAUCAAAGUACAACAAGAGUACAUAAAAGUAUAUUAGCAUUAGAAAUAAUAAAAAAUUCCAUUUCAAUUGAACUCAUUAAACACAGAAGAGUGCGAUAAUGAUACAUAUAGGAGUCAAUAGGCCUUUAAAAAGUUAAAAAAUCUUGAAUUUUAAAAUGAUUUAUUUAUGAUGGAAAUGUAACAUGCUUAGAGAAGAAAGGAGGCUGAAUCUAAUCGAUUGAAGUUUUAAUUAUCUUCAAUAAAAUCAGACAUUGAUUUUAUGAAAAGUUAAUUAUAAUCUCCAGUUGCAAAGGCAAAACCUAAACGCAAACGUUCUAAAUCAAUCGAUAGUGAAUAGUCCUCAGAUUAAAGUAGCAGUAGUAGUAGUGAUAAUAGUUUUAUCAAAUGUCCAAUUAAGUUUAAACAUUAUGAACCAAUAUAAAAAGAAUAAGUGAAAGUAGAUAGGUAUAAAAUAUAUUUAAGUAGUUAUGAUACUAUAGCCAAAAGAUUUUAAAAGUUAUUUUAAAUAAGUGAUGCAAAUGAAAAGUUGAAUUGGAUGGUAAAAUAAUACUUUAACUCAUUCCACUCUAUUUAAUUGGAUUUAUAGAAUAAUUUGUUGCCAAUAUUAUUAGAAAAUACUUUAAAAUUGUUGAUUGAAAUAAUAGAAAAAUUGAAUUCAAUAAAAUUGGACACAUUGUCAUUUAAAUCAUUCGAUCCAUUUCAAAAUGGGGAAAAAAAUAACAAAAGAUAUUCAAGUGAUUUAGAUGUAGAUACAAUUAAUCAAGAGUAUCAAUUUUAAGGAACUCAUAUUUUGACAGAUUAUUCUUAAAAGUUUACUGAGUAGCCUUUAAAAAACUAAUUUUCAACUCCAUAGUAUAAAUAAUAACAACCAGAAUAAUAAUAAUCAGCUCGAUAAUUAUAAAACAUGAUGAAAUCAAAACCAGAUAUUAGUUGCCAGACAAGCAAUAAUUAAACUCUGGAUAAGAAAGUUAGUAUAAGUGAAAGAAGUUAAAAAAAAACAAGUAAUAAUUUUAAGAUUGUUAUAGCUUCAAAGUGUUAGCUAAUGCCUAGUUUAAAGAAUAGACAAAAAUGAAGAUUGAUUUGAUUUUCGAAUAUUAC